CCUUAUAUUGGUGUGUACUGCUCUAAACUUAUUUUUCUGGUUUCUGUACAUGUACAAGCUCAGCUUCCCUAUGGAUCUGCUAAUGGUCAAGGCAUUUAGUUUCUUUUUUAAAAGCAGACAAACCUUUGCUUCAACACGUGUUGCAACUUAAAUAUUCCUGUUACCAAGAAAGCAAUUAAAUAACCUAUGACCCCAGCGCAUGCGCACUGUGUGAAGCACAUCUCAUCACAAGGACCAUUUCGGAUCGCCUCACAGGCUCAGAGAAUAAGGACCAAGCAAAUGAGAAUGUCAGUUAAAAAGACCUUCUUUAUAUUGGUGUGCACUGUCGCAUUCUUCAUUUCCUGGUUUCUGUAUAUGCACAAGCCCGUCAUCCCAAAGGUAUCUACACCUCCUUCUCUUCCCACCAAGGAGACCAUUAGUAACAUGACAAAUGCUGAAUUGGAGGAACUGUACUACACCUACGUGGGAAACGUAGACGUGUUAUGCACCAACAGGAUUCGUCUGGGUAAGCCUGACGACGGCGGUUGGGAUGUCUGUGACGACAUAGAGCACCGUCCCCAACCACCAUGUUUGGUGUAUUCGUUUGGGAUCAACCACGACUUCAGUUUUGACGAUGCGGUCAGCGAUAAAUACGGGUGCGAGGUUCACUCUUUCGACCCGAGCAUGGGACAAAAUGAUCACAAGCACUCAGACCGGGUGUUUUUCCAUAAUCUUGGGAUAAGCGACCGAGACUUCGUCAACGACAAAGCCUGGACAAUGAAAACCCUGACGUCUAUCAAGAAGCAGCUACACCACACUAAGAUCAAUAUCCUCAAAAUGGACAUCGAGCAUGACGAGUAUAAGGCCCUGCCGAACAUCAUCGCGUCAGACGAGCUGAAGGAUGUCGAUCAGCUGCUCUUUGAAAUCCACUACAAUCCUUCCGAUGUCCAGAAGGCGAUCAUAGAAAUGGCGCGAGGUCUGGAGCUGCUCCGUGACCUGCGGAACCUUGGCUUCUAUGUCUUUCACUUUCACCCGAACGAGUAUAAUUAUUUUACAAGUAAGAUGACUGGACGUCGACGUACGAGCUGUAGCGAGCUGCACAUGCUGAAUGUUAAUCAAAACAGAGAGUAGUGUCAGGAAAGUAUUUGGUAAAUACUCUUCGGGAAAGUAGGCAGGAAAGCGUAUAGGAAUCAAAUAAUUGAUGGGAAGCAUUUGUAUUUGUGUGCAGUAAUGCGUACAGGCACAGAACAUGUACAUAGCUUUUCACGUACACAUGAUAAUGGGACGAUCGCACUUCUAACAACCGAAACCACUAUUGCUUUUACUGUAGUCGAGUUUGUCAACGUCUGUUUUCCUCAGGACUACACUUAAUUUUAUCAGUUAAAGACUUCUUUAUUGCUUUUGAUUUUGAUCUAAUAAAGUUGUUUAAUCUGAAAUAU